AUGUCCGAGGAUACCGAGAGUGAAGAUAGUGAUGUCGAGGGUGGUCUGGGCAACGUAAACAAAUUGGUGAUGCGACCACCUGGCCACAGCGGUAAAGCUAAGAAGGGCCAUAUUUGCUUUGAUGCGACCUUUGAAACCGGCAAUCUCGGCAGAGUGGACUUGAUCUCUGAAUUCGAAUACGAUCUCUUUAUUAGACCUGACACUUGUGGUCCCAGAUUACGCUUGUGGUUUAACUUCACCGUAGACAACGUGAAGAUAGAUCAACGAGUGAUAUUCAACAUCGUAAACAUUUCUAAGAGCGCUAAUCUCUUUCGACAGGGAAUGACGCCGUUAGUGAAGAGCAGUACUAGACCGAAAUGGCAGAGGAUACCACGAGAACAGGUAUUCUAUUACAGAUCUGCGCAGCAUCAAAAUCACUAUGUACUGAGCUUCGCUUUUGCGUUCGACCGUGAAGAUGAUGUUUAUCAAUUCGCUCUAACGUAUCCAUACUCGUACACGCGUUACAUGGUGCAUCUCGACAACUUAUGUAGUAGAUUAUUAUAUACGAAGCGAGAGACGUUGGCUGAGUCGAUCCAAAAGAGGAAUGUAGAGCUCGUGACUAUAACUUCCGACCUCGAAGACGUGGAACGAUCUAGAAAAGUGGUCGUCGUCCUCGCUAGAGUUCACCCCGGUGAGUCACCGUCCUCCUUCGUGUGUCAGGGUUUGAUGGAUUUCUUAGUCAGUGCGCAUCCUAUCGCUCAAGUUCUAAGAGAAUACGUCAUCUUCAAGAUAGUGCCGAUGCUGAACCCUGACGGUGCCUUUCUCGGAAAUUACAGAUCUACCGUGAUGGGAUUAGAUCUGAAUCGAUCUUGGAACUGCAUUUCUGAAUGGAUUCACCCUACCUUGUUCGCGACUAGAGCGAUGUUAAAAUCGCUCGAUAAAAACGCACAGACACCAUUGGAUUGCGUGCUGGAUUUACACGCUCACACCAAUGCCACGGGCGUCUUCGUCUACGGAAAUACAUACGAAGAUGUCUACAGGUACGAGAGGCACAUUGUCCUGCCGAAAUUGUUAGCUCAGCAUGCGGAGGACUAUGAAUUGGGCAACACUAUGUAUAAUCAAGAUCACAACAAAGCCGGAACUGCCCGCCGUUAUCUAUGCUCUAUCCUAAAGGAACAUGUCAAUUGCUACAGUAUCGAGGUUUCUAUGUAUGGUUACAACAAAAAGGGAAUACCGGGUAUAAUGCCGUACACGGAAGAAGGAUAUUACAGACUGGGUCGCAAUCUGGCACGCGUUUUUCUAGAAUAUUACAAGCUCACUGGGCUUAUCCCGUCGGGGCUUCCCGAUCAACCAUCGAGCAGACGAGCGCGUCAAUCUCGGCAGAAACAUCGUCUUCCAAGGGAGCCCAAACCAAGAACAGUCCGAAUUCCGGCAACUUUGCAUCUUGCCAGCAUCUACGAGUACUUCCGGGAGAAACCUGAGCAGCUCCCGAGCGCUCGUUACCGAUCGAUGAGUAGUACGCGGAUGGGACAACAGCCCGGAACCGGAAUCGCGAGUGAAACUGGAACGGGCGUCGGCGGCGGGUGCAAAAGCCCGAGCCACAGGUUCCGGAGCCCCGGGGCACCGCUCGACAGAGUGCAGACCCUGACGGGGCGACCCGCCGAGCCGCGGCUCACCAUUAUCGAUUUCAAUCAGCUGACGCGGGGCGGUUUGGAGCUCGCAGCUAACAAGAACAGACCGACAGUCCCAUACAAGAAGGUCGUCAAGUCGCGCAGGUAG